GUCACUGAACCGCUUAAUGGAGCAAAGCACUAAAAAUGAAUGCGAUUUUUUUUUUUAACGGCCUCACUGAUCAGAAAGACGCUUUCUUCUCUACUGUCAAAGGACAAUGGGAGAUGAAAUGGAUGGCUAUGGGAAUGACCAACUAAGCAAGGCCAUCCUAGAGAUGUUACACAUGAACAAACUGACAGUACCUCACAGGACCAGGCCUCAACGCUACAUGAAACUAGUGUACCAGUUCCUUGACUCACCAGCUACCAGGGAUUUAACAAACUCGGAAGGAACCCAGGACCAAAGCUCCAGAAGUAUCCAAGAUCCAAAGUAUGGUACCCCAGGCUGGAUUUGGUUCAAUGUCUCUUGCCUGAAACCUUCAAUAAAAACUGCAGAGUUGGUGUUUUUGCACAAAACAAUCCACCCAGAGCCUCUGACAGUCAGCAUGGCUGUGCGCAGCAUCUUCGUGGUGGGCAACAUGACAGUAAGCGAAUCUCUGGAUGAAAAGGCAUUGACACUGGAUGAGCGUCCUUCUUCCAGUUAUGACAUUUUCAAUGUCUCUGUGGUCCUUGGUCAAAGAAUCGAUGACAUGGUGGGCUUUCAGUUCAGCUACACUGAUGAAAGUGGGAGCUUGGUUUUGCAUGAGGUUUUGACCCAGAGCCUUUACUGCCUGAACACAAGUUCUCAGAAUGAACCCCUGCUGGUUGUCUACCAGUUUCAUCAGCACGACCCUAAUGGAACCCCAAGAACUCCUGACAGGAGGCAGCAACAGCACUGCAGAAUUGCCAGAAGAAGUAGAAGACAACUGCUCCAAGAGCCUGCUUCUAAAGAGAGCUCUUCCCUAGAGUGCAGACUCCUUCAGCAAUAUGUCAACUUCCAUUCUAUGAGGCUGGAUCGCUGGAUACUUGAACCGCCUGACUUCCAUGCAAGCUUUUGCAAAGGUUUUUGCUACCCCACAAAUCCUGUAGCAAACCAAGGUGCUGAACAAGGCAUCCGCAGGACAGCAGGCAGUGUAAAUUGGAUUGCCAAUGUGUAAAGUCAGCCAUCAUCAUAUUACAAUCCAACAUGCUAUAGUUGACACUGAGCCAAGGGC